AUGUCCACGGUGAACAACAAUACGUAUGGGUCUAUCCAUUCGUCAUCAUCACCACCGUUUGUGAAAUCGCACCAACUCCAGCAUGUUCUUACCAACGCAGAAAGAGACCUACUACAAGCAGAUCGACCGGGCUACGGUACUCGCACCAAAAUUGAGGUUGGGUUUAAUCUUGUCAACGCAACUGUCGGAGCGGGUAUCAUUGGAUUACCCUUCGCUAUUGCUCGCGCAGGAUUUUUUGUGGGUAUUUUUGUUUCCAUUCUCGUAGCUGCUUUGGCUCAAAUGGGACUCUUUAUGUUGAUCGUAGCUGGCCAACGAGUUCAGAUUUAUAAGUUGGCGAUGUUGGUGGAAUACUUAUUGGGAAGAUGGGGAUAUCACUUUACGAAUUUCGUAAUUUGCGUUCAAGCAGGUGGUGCUGCAGUCAGUUACUUUAUUCUGCUUGGCGACAGUCUACCUAUGCUGUUAGAACGAUAUCUGCCUGAUUAUCCACUUUUAGCCAGCCGUACAUUCAUAUUGAUUUUCGUUGGUACUGUUUGUAUCUUUCCUUUGGCCAUACCAAGAUCCAUUGGGUCGCUUGCUCGAUGGUCUAUUGUCUCUGUUGCAUGCUUGCCGGUUAUCUUAUUAAUGAUUUUGGUACGAGCACCUGCUUACAUACCCAAAGACCAAACAGUUCCCAUUGAAUGGGCAGGUGAUGAUAUUUUCGGUGCUCUCGGCAUCAUGGCUUUUGCUUUCACUUGUCAUCAAGUUGCCCUUAGCAACUUUCUAACCCUUCGCAAUCAAACUACUUCCAGUUGGAGAUUUACUACCAUUCUAUCUACAGGCAUCAGUUGGGUCAUCUCUAUGACUUUUGCUGUUGUAGGCUAUCUUUGCUUCGGAUCAAAUGUUCAAUCCAACUUAUUCAACAAUUUCGCCAGUGACGACCCAUUCAUUAAUGUCGGUCGACUGGCACUGGCAAUCAGUAUGAUACUUACUAUUCCUACUGCUAUCUUCCCUACAAGAGAGGCCAUUCAAAAAUCGUUGGGAUUUGAAACAGCAACAAAACAACCAACCAAUACACAACAUUACGCAGUAACCAUUAUACUUUUUGCAGUGGUUCUCAGUUUGGCCGUUUCGAUUAGAUCUCUUGGCACUGUAUAUUCUAUUGCCGGUGGAUUCUCAGCAACCAGUUUAGCUUAUAUUCUGCCUGCUGUUUGCUACCUCACGACCCGACAAAUUUAUUUUAAAAACCAAGAAAAAUAUUAUUCUCAAAUUUCUCCUUCUUCUUCGGCUUCAAUACCUAACAAUAUUGCUACAGUUUUUCCAACUUUGACGGGCACGUCAACCUUGAUUGCUGUACCUGAUGAAAGCGAUCUCAAGACAGCAGCUAUGGCCUGGGAUGAAACCAAUUCUAUUGCUUCUUCCUCUAACAAUAAACUGUUUGAAGACGAUUUAUCCACUGUAGAUGGCGAUGCUUAUCUGGUGAACGAAGAAGCGACAGCCGACUUUGCUCGUAUGAUGGAUGACAAGGCUCUGAAGCCCACAUGGUGGUUAGAUAUAGCAGCUGGUUUGCUCAUUAUUUGGGGCUUUGUUGUCAUGUUCUGUUCUUUAUCCUCUGUGUUCAAAAGUCAACACUAG